AAUACAGCCAUUGCGGUUUUCCAUCAUCACAACUGCACAAAAUUUUAUCCAGUUUAUUUAAAAAAAGGAAUACAUGGCUCAAAAUAGGACAGUCAAGAAAACACGAAGUUCUCGAACAACACAACUGCAAUAUACCAAAAUGUUGGAUUUUUUAAAUUUAAAUAAAGGUCUUGCUGAAGGAAAAUACAGUUCUUUACAUGGAAAAGAAGAGACACAAAAAAAGUGGACAGAGCUAGCUGCAAAAUUAAAUUAUGUUCAAGGGAUGACAAAAACUGCCGAACAGUGGCAAGUGGUUUGGAGAGACUUGAAAAGUCGUACUUCUGUGAAAGUACGCGAUUUGAGAAAGGCUAAGGAUAAUAGGAAACAAAUUCAAACAACCUGCAGAAUUGUCAGAAAUAGAACUGCGGGUUAUUGA